CAGAAAAUAAUAAUAAAAAAAAAUGAGCUGACACGAGACAAACUGUUGUUAUAGCAACUUGAAUGGCCAGUCUGUGUGCAGCGCAGGGCUGAAGACGACGUAACGUGUGUGGUUGUAGAUCUCGACGCCGUCUCGCUACAAAUCGGAAAAUAUCUUGGCUGUCUCACUGCUGGCUGUGGUUGCCUGUCGGUAGUGGUCGGUGAAUGCAUGGUUCUUCUUCUUCAUCGAUAUAGCCCGACUUGUAGCGGCAAAAACGGGUAUCGCUGGCUGUCGAAGCGGCUCUUUAAGGCUGUAUGUUUCAGAGCGAAUUUUUUUUUUUUGAAGUAGCACAACCAUGGGCGUGGAAGUCGAGACAAUAUCCCCCGGUGAUGGAAGAACAUUUCCAAAGAAGGGCCAGACAUGUGUUGUUCAUUACAUAGGUAUGCUGCAGAACGGGAAGAAGUUCGACUCCUCUCGAGACAGGAACAAGCCCUUUAAGUUUAAGAUUGGACGGGGUGAGGUCAUUAAGGGCUGGGAGGAAGGAGUAGCACAGAUGAGCCUGGGCCAGAGGGCAAAAAUCACCUGCACACCAGACAUGGCUUACGGAACUACAGGCCACCCCGGGGUCAUCCCCCCCAAUGCCACACUUAUAUUCGAUGUGGAGCUGCUCAAGCUGGAGUGAUGCCUGCAGACUAAAUGCGAAGCAUGAAGGUUAACGAGGGCUGCGUUCGCCACAACCUGUUUCCACAGGGAGACCAUACCCGGCUGCUGCCUCCCACCAUCAACUGGCUCUUCUUUGAUUUCUACAGUAUUCUUUAGUUCAAUAUUUAAAUGUAUCUACUGCUGCUUUGUUGCCAUCUUGUCAUAACAGAUAUUGCAAGAAAAUGUUCACAUCAUUCAAUACUUUUUUCACACACACACACACACACACACACACACACACACACACACACACAGGGGUUUGGUUUCUUUGUUAG